AUGCGCUACCCGCACCCAUUGGAGAAAUUCGAUUUGCUGGGCUCCCCGCCCCCACCCACCCCUGGCCCAACCGAAGUCUCACAGGCGCUGGUCCGCUCCUUCUCAACGGCGCGGAGAAGCCGCUUAGAGAACCGAGUGCCGGAGAAACAGAAGCUUUUCCAGGAGGACAAUGGCCUUCCGGUGCACUUGAAGGGCGGGGCAACGGACAACAUCCUAUAUAACCUAACUAUGGCGCUGACAAUGGGGGGCACUGCCUACAGCCUAUAUUUCCUUGCCUGGGCUGCCUUCUCCCAGAAGAAGUGACGCCAAGACGCUUGGAGGGUCUGGAAACUUGAGAAAUAUUAAUAAACAUGUUGGUUUCUUGGUAACUCUGCCCAGCUGUGACAUGCGUUUCUCACCAGCUUGGGAUAUCUGGUCUGGGAUGGGCCCAUUGCCCUAGCCCUUGAAUGUUGCUGCCUCUUAACUAGUUCUCAGUGAGGAUGGCUAUGCUCUCUGCUGGGCCUGGAGCCUGGGGCAGGACCUUUAUAUCCUCCCUUUGGGGGUGGGGGGAUGCCAGAGCAUCAUGACACAAGAGUGGCAUAGGCUCAGACAAGCUGAGAGAGAUGCCAACACCAACAAGCUGAAAGAGCUACCAGGUGGCGUAGAGACCUCCUGUAAGCCCAGACUAUGGAAGCAGCAGUACUCUGAACCUCCAGGGGCCUGUGUGGGAUCUCAGCAAGAACCAGACUAUGACCUGGGCAUAAUGGCUGUAAUCCAGCUACUCAGGAGGUAGAGAUCAGGAGGAUUCAGUUUCAAGAUUAGUUGGGGCA